UCGUUGCUAUGCGUGCCGGGGGCGGGGCUCCGAACGCAUUGGGUGGGUCCGGGAGGUGGAGGGAAAGAGAAGGGGCGGUGACAAGGGCGGGGCCAGGCUAGGGGAGGGAGAGGGACUAGCCGCGGCCCCCGGCGGGGUUCAUUGCGCCUGCGCUGACAGUCGCAAGAUGGCGGACAGUGCGGAACUAAAGCAAAUGGUUAUGAGCCUUAGAGUUUCUGAACUGCAAGUACUUUUGGGCUACGCCGGAAGGAACAAGCACGGGCGUAAACACGAACUUCUCACAAAAGCACUGCAUUUGUUAAAGGCUGGCUGCAGUCCUGCUGUACAAAUGAAAAUUAAAGAACUCUAUAGGCGGAGAUUUCCCCAGAAAAUUAUGACACCUGCUGACUUAUCUAUCCCCAAUGUACACUCAAGUCCCAUGCCAGCAACUUUGUCUCCGUCUACCAUUCCACAACUUACUUAUGAUGGUCAUCCUGCAACAUCACCAUUACUUCCUGUUUCUCUUCUGGGACCUAAACAUGAACUGGAACUACCCCAUCUUACGUCUGCUCUUCACCCUGUCCAUCCGGAUAUAAAACUUCAGAAAUUACCAUUUUAUGAUUUGCUGGAUGAACUGAUUAAACCCACCAGUCUAGCAUCAGACAACAGUCAGCGUUUUCGAGAAACCUGUUUUGCAUUUGCAUUGACUCCACAACAAGUGCAACAAAUCAGUAGUUCCAUGGAUAUUUCUGGGACUAAAUGUGACUUCACAGUACAGGUCCAGCUAAGGUUUUGUUUAUCAGAAACCAGUUGUCCACAAGAAGAUCAUUUCCCACCUAAUCUUUGUGUGAAAGUUAAUGGGAAACCUUGUAGCCUUCCAGGCUAUCUUCCACCUACCAAAAAUGGUGUGGAACCAAAGCGACCCAGCCGACCAAUUAAUAUCACCUCACUUGUCCGAUUGUCCACAACUGUACCAAACACCAUUGUUGUUUCCUGGACUGCAGAAAUUGGAAGAAACUAUUCUAUGGCAGUAUAUCUUGUAAAACAGUUGUCCUCUACAGUUCUCCUUCAGAGGUUACGAGCAAAGGGAAUAAGGAACCCGGAUCAUUCUAGAGCUUUAAUUAAAGAGAAAUUGACUGCGGAUCCAGACAGUGAAAUAGCUACGACCAGUUUAAGGGUUUCUCUACUCUGUCCACUUGGUAAAAUGCGCCUAACUAUUCCAUGUCGGGCACUGACGUGUUCACACCUGCAAUGUUUUGACGCAACUCUGUAUAUUCAAAUGAAUGAGAAAAAGCCAACUUGGGUUUGUCCUGUAUGUGAUAAGAAGGCUCCAUAUGAACACCUCAUUAUUGACGGUUUAUUUAUGGAAAUCCUAAAGUACUGUACUGAUUGUGAUGAAAUACAAUUUAAGGAGGAUGGAUCUUGGGCUCCUAUGAGAUCAAAAAAGGAGGUCCAGGAAGUUUCUGCUUCUUAUAAUGGAGUUGAUGGAUGCUUGGGUUCCCCCUUGGAUCACCAGGUAUCUUCUCACCACCAAUCUUCAAACAAAAAUAAGAAAGUAGAAGUAAUUGAUCUCACUAUAGACAGUUCAUCAGAUGAAGAAGAGGAAGAACCAUCUGCCAAGCGAACCUGCCCUUCAGUAUCUCCUGCAUCACCAUUAAAUAACAAAGGCAUUUUAAAUCUGCCUCAUCAAGCAUCUCCAGUGUCAAGAACCCCAAGCCUUCCUGCUGUAGACACAAGCUACAUUAAUACAUCCCUCAUACAAGACUACAGGCACCCAUUCCACAUGACUCCCAUGCCUUAUGACUUGCAAGGUUUAGAUUUCUUUCCCUUCUUAUCAGGAGACAAUCAGCAUUACAACACCUCCCUUCUUGCCGCUGCAGCAGCAGCUGUCUCGGAUGAUCAAGACCUCUUACACUCGUCUCGUUUUUUUCCAUAUGCCUCUUCACAGAUGUUUCUUGAUCAGUUAAAUGCAGGAGGUAGCACUGCCCUUCCAACCACGAAUGGAAGCAGUAGUGGCAGUAACAGCAGUCUUGUUUCUUCUAACAGCCUGCGAGAAAGUCAUGGCCAUGCAGUUGCCAAUAGAAGCGGCACAGACACAGCAUCCAUCUUUGGCAUCAUACCGGACAUUAUCUCAUUGGACUGAUUUCCCCUCUCCCUCUCCCUUCUUCCUACCCCCCAGACUCAAUGAACUUGGCAGAAAGAAGAGAACUUUGUGCUCUGUUUUACUUUAUUCUGUUUAGAAACGUACACAAGUGUGUGGUUUUUUUUCCUUUUUUUAGGGAAAAAAUUAAAAGAAAUGUACAGAGAACAAAACUAUAUUUUCAGUUUUACUUUUGUAUAUAAACCUAAGACUGCCUGUCUGGUAAAACACGUGAAAAAAAAAGAAAAGAAAAAAACAGCCACCCACAAACCACCUUCUAUUCAUUUUACUGGAUUCUGAAGAUUUUGUUUUCAACAUUUACAUUUGUCCUGUGGUUUUAUUUUUGUAGUUUGGACAUAAAAGACAUUAUUUUCUUUGCAGUAACAGAAAAUGAAUUGCAUGUAUGAAGUUUUAAAUUGUAGGCAGUUGUGUUUUGUUUUGUUUUGUUUUUUGUUAGGGGGAAAAAUACCUUUAAAAAAUGCCAUUUCCUGAUAAUGGCAGAAUUGAGUUCUGUGUUUUGCAUAGACUUCACCCAACCUUAAGUUAUAUAAAUCUCAUCUGUCCUGAUGCAUUCAUUCCCUCUGUGUUUCAGAACGUAGUUUAUGGGAGUGUGUUGUUAGUGUUAGUAUGUGUUCUUGUCACUUCUGAUUUUAUCCAAGUUUGUAUUCAGUUAAAAUAUCAAGUUUUCCAUUUCCCCAAACCUGUUAAAGAUCUUAAAGUUGACAUUUAAGAAUCUUUGCAGAAUUUUCCAGUUGCUUAUAUUCCAUCACAUACUUCUAUCUGCUGCACACACCCUCAGUCAGUAUUUCCUUUUGAAGAUACCAGGUUAAAGCUGACUGGGCACAAAAAAAAAAAAAAAAGGGCAUUAGUGGGCCUAUGAAAACCAUUUUUACCUGAAAAGAACUGACAUACUUUCAUUCUAACUCUUAAGUUGGAAUGUUAGAAGUUGGAACUCUUUUAGUUGCCAGAAUUAUUACUCAUGUAGUCUGUGAACACCUGCUUUGGUGGAAAGGGCAAGUUUUUAUGAAAAAAAUUUUCACCAGGCCAAGGAAGUAAAAAUAAUUUAAAAUGCUCUGUUGCUUGGUUUGUGCAGCUAAGGGAGGUCAUGGUUCAGCAUAAAAAAAAAAAAAAAAACAAAAAAAAAAACAACAAACCCUGAAAAAAAAGUGCAAGAGAAAUAAUUCUGUAGCACCCAAUAUGUCUCGUCUUGUAGAAAUCCUCUAUUUGAUAAAGGGUUUGAAGAUAAUAAUGUUUUUUUACUUUGUCACUUUUAAUUUCUGGCUAUCAGUAUGUUUCUAUUCUUAAGCUUUGGGCCAAACUUAACCCCCACCAUUUAAAUUUUCUUUGUUUUUUUUUUUGGCUUUAUUUUUCUUCACCUUUUCAAGACAUGCAUGACAUAGGAAAGACAUUUUAUAAAACUAUGGAAUCAGUUGGCCUGAACCAUUCUUAUUAAAUAGUGAAAUGUGUAAAUAGAUUGAAAGCUGUUUUUCAGAAAGGGGGUGGGGGUAAAAAAAAAAAGAUGAAGGGGGAAAAGUGAUUCUACUUGUGUCCCAAAGUCACCAUCAGAGAAGAUGUGGUAUUCUCUGGUGUACAGAAUAUUUUUCUAGCUGGUUGAGAGUGCAGGGAAUAAGUUUUAUCAGGAAAGAUAAGGAAUAUUAAGUUUGCCAGUUUUCCAGUCUGGGUUUUUAUGUUCGAACACUUGAUGUCAGCUAGUUGUUUUCACAGUUGAUCAAGGACCACCUUUUGUGUAUGAAGUUGUCUUUUUAAACCUUGCAUUGAUAACAAAAUGACCUACUUUCAUUCAGAUAGAAGUCAAGAUUGCUGUAUGAUCAGUUGUAUGAUAAAUGUAUUGGUUCACAUGAAUAUGUAGCAUCUAAAAAUAGUCUUUGUGUUUUUACAGCCUCCCUCUGCCACUAAAUUGUUAACUUGAAUUUGGGGAAAAAAAACUGAAACAAAAUGUUUGUGUUUAUAUGUAUAUGUGUGUGUAUAUAUGUAUUUAUAGAUAAGUGUGUGUGAGCUACAAGUGAGUUAAAUAGUCUUCCCCUGAGCAUGUGUAUUCCACACAUAACUUGGCUGAGUUAUAUUCACUAUAUGACCGUUUAUAAUAAAAGUCUAUUAAAUGUCAGUUAAAAUAAAACAUCAUAAAAUGGGAAAUACUUCAGUUAUAAAUUGAAUCUCGUAUUGAGGUGUUUGUUUAAACACGUUUUAGAAAUAUUGCUGGCUUAUUCAUUUAGACUAAUAUAUUUAGUAAUAAAAUCAUAAUAUAUUUCUAAAUUUGACCUUGGGGUAGAAAUGAUGGCAAAAUAUAUGGGGAGUUCUUAUUUCACAUCAUAAUAAAGCACGUUUCCAUUCA